AUGCGCAUUGCGUCCUGCUUUUGGCCGCUCCACGCAUCGCGCCGACCAGGCCGCCGCCGUCGCCAUGCGCAAUACCCAUCUUUCCUCACUCCCUCGCAUGCCUCCACAUUUGUUACGUUGAAUCACCUCUCCGUCCCUCUCACCCACUCUCAUACGCUCUCAUUCCCUCUCACCCACUCUCAUACGCUCUCAUUCCCUCUCACCCACUCUCAUACGCUCUCAUUCCCUCUCACCCACUCUCAUACGCUCUCAUUUCCUCUCACCCACUCUCAUACACUCUCAUCCCCUCUCACCCACUCUCAUACGCUCUCAUUCCCUCUCACCCACUCUCAUACGCUCUCAUUCCCUCUCACCCACUCUCAUACGUUCUCAUUCCCUCUCACCCACUCUCUUACGCUCUCAUUCCCUCUCACCCACUCUCAUACGCUCUCAUUCCCUCUCACCCACUCUCUUACGCUCUCAUUCCCUCUCACCCACUCUCAUACGCUCUCAUUCCCUCUCACCCACUCUCAUACGCUCUCAUUCCCUCUCACCCACUCUCAUACGCUCUCAUUCCCUCUCACCCACUCUCAUACGCUCUCAUUCCCUCUCACCCACUCUCAUACGCUCUCAUUCCCUCUCACCCACUCUCAUACGCUCUCAUUCCCUCUCACCCACUCUCAUACGCUCUCAUUCCCUCUCACCCACUCUCAUACGCUCUCAUUCCCUCUCACCCACUCUCAUACGCUCUCAUUCCCUCUCACCCACUCUCAUACGCUCUCAUUCCCUCUCACCCACUCUCAUACGCUCUCAUUCCCUCUCACCCACUCUCAUACGCUCUCAUUCCCUCUCACCCACUCUCAUACGCUCUCAUUCCCUCUCACCCACUCUUAUACGCUCUCAUUUUCUCUCACCCACUCUCAUACGCUCUCAUUCCCUCUCACCCACUCUCAUACGCUCUCAUUCCCUCUCACCCAUUCUCAUACGCUCUCAUUCCCUCUCACCCACUCUCAUACGCUCUCAUUCCCUCUCACCCACUCUCAUACGCUCUCAUUCCCUCUCACCCACUCUCAUACGCUCUCAUUCCCUCUCACCCACUCUCAUACGCUCUCAUUCCCUCUCACCCACUCUCAUACGCUCUCAUUCCCUCUCACCCACUCUCAUACGCUCUCAUUCCCUCUCACCCACUCUCAUACGCUCUCAUUCCCUCUCACCCACUCUCAUACGCUCUCAUUCCCUCUCACCCACUCUCAUACGCUCUCAUUCCCUCUCACCCACUCUCAUACGCUCUCAUUCCCUCUCACCCAUUCUCAUACGCUCUCAUUCCCUCUCACCCACUCAUACGCUCUCAUUCCCUCUCACCCACUCUCAUACGCUCUCAUUCCCUCUCACCCACUCUCAUACGCUCUCAUUCCCUCUCACCCACUCGCAUACGCACUCAUUCCCUCUCACCCACUCUCAUACGCUCUCAUUCCCUCUCACCCACUCUCAUACGCUCUCAUUCCCUCUCACCCACUCUCAUACGCUCUCAUUCCCUCUCACCCACUCUCUUACGCUCUCAUUCCCUCUCACCCACUCUCAUACGCUCUCAUUCCCUCUCACCCACUCUCUUACGCUCUCAUUCCCUCUCACCCACUCUCAUACGCUCUCAUUCCCUCUCACCCACUCUCAUACGCUCUCAUUCCCUCUCACCCACUCUCAUACGCUCUCAUUCCCUCUCACCCACUCUCAUACGCUCUCAUUCCCUCUCACCCACUCUCAUACGCUCUCAUUCCCUCUCACCCACUCUCAUACGCUCUCAUUCCCUCUCACCCACUCUCAUACGCUCUCAUUCCCUCUCACCCACUCUCAUACGCUCUCAUUCCCUCUCACCCACUCUCAUACGCUCUCAUUCCCUCUCACCCACUCUUAUACGCUCUCAUUUUCUCUCACCCACUCUCAUACGCUCUCAUUCCCUCUCACCCACUCUCAUACGCUCUCAUUCCCUCUCACCCAUUCUCAUACGCUCUCAUUCCCUCUCACCCACUCUCAUACGCUCUCAUUCCCUCUCACCCACUCUCAUACGCUCUCAUUCCCUCUCACCCACUCUCAUACGCUCUCAUUCCCUCUCACCCACUCUCAUACGCUCUCAUUCCCUCUCACCCACUCUCAUACGCUCUCAUUCCCUCUCACCCACUCUCAUACGCUCUCAUUCCCUCUCACCCACUCUCAUACGCUCUCAUUCCCUCUCACCCACUCUCAUACGCUCUCAUUCCCUCUCACCCACUCUCAUACGCUCUCAUUCCCUCUCACCCACUCUCAUACGCUCUCAUUCCCUCUCACCCACUCUCAUACGCUCUCAUUCCCUCUCACCCACUCAUACGCUCUCAUUCCCUCUCACCCACUCUCAUACGCUCUCAUUCCCUCUCACCCACUCUCAUACGCUCUCAUUCCCUCUCACCCACUCUCAUACGCUCUCAUUCCCUCUCACCCACUCUCAUACGCUCUCAUUCCCUCUCACCCACUCUCAUACGCUCUCAUUCCCUCUCACCCACUCUCAUACGCUCUCAUUCCCUCUCACCCACUCUCUUACGCUCUCAUUCCCUCUCACCCACUCUCAUACGCUCUCAUUCCCUCUCACCCACUCUCUUACGCUCUCAUUCCCUCUCACCCACUCUCAUACGCUCUCAUUCCCUCUCAACCACUCUCAUACGCUCUCAUUCCCUCUCACCCACUCUCAUACGCUCUCAUUCCCUCUCACCCACUCUCAUACACUCUCAUUCCCUCUCACCCACUCUCAUACGCUCUCAUUCCCUCUCACCCACUCUCAUACGCUCUCAUUCCCUCUAA